UCCGCCGUCUACAGCAAGCAAGGAAACUUCUCCCAGGCUCUGGAGGCUCUGGACCGGGCCCUGCAGCAGAACCCCAGUGAUCCCACAGUGAAGGCAGAGCUGCAUUUCUCUAAAGGAAACCAGCUGAGGGAGAUGAACCAGCUGGAUGAAGCCUUUGAGAGUUACAGGUUGGCUGUGGAGCUGAAAGCAGACCAGUCUCAGGCCUGGAUGAACAUGGGGGGGAUUCAGCACAUCAAGGGAAACUAUGCAGCUGCCAGGAUGUAUUAUCAACGAGCUCUGCGUCUGAAUCCCGGCUCCGGACUUCUGAAGGAAAACCUGGCAAAGCUGGACCGGCUGGAGAAGAGGCUGACAGGGGGAGCGUAGCCUGCAGCCAUCUGCCCAGAGGUCAGAGGACGUUUGAAGCAGGAAAGAUGGCGAGCAGAGGAGCUCUGGAAGCUCUGGAGCUGCAUCAGCUAUGGCCUCUGCUUUCAAAAAGACGCUGAAGCUCCUGUGGAGUCAGAAGGACCUACUGAAACGGUUGAUGCAGUCAGUGCAGCUCGGAGCAGGAAGGCAGCAGCUGUGCGGCUGCGGUUUCUCCUCUUCCUCACCGCUGAUGACGCUAAGGAGCGUCUCCUCUUCAGUGCAGUGAUGGUAGAGUUGGAAGAUGACGGUUCGUCCAGCUGCUGUUCACGCUGAAGGCUCUCCUGGAUGGAAGCCAGGAUCUGCUGUGGAGUCCUGGGACCUUCAGGUCGAUGAUGUGGAGAAAUGGAUCAUUUGGAAACAAACUUCCAGCCUGAGGUCCCAGAUCAUCUGCAGCUUUCAUGAUCAAAGGGAUCAGAUGAGUUUCCUGUUUCAAACCUCUGGAUGCUUCCUGCUGUCGCCGAUUUGAGCUGUGAUUGAAAAUGUUGUGAUUAUGAAGGAAAUGACCGGAGCAGCGACUUUGCUGCUCCACCAAAAUAAAGUCUAUCUUUUAUUAAAUGAUGUGUCUUCCUCUGCAGCGACUCCUUCCAAAGCACAGCAGACAGUUUUCCUCCUGAUUGGAGACUUUUUUUCAUCCCACAUAUUAGCAGAUUCCUCACUACUGAUGCAGCUAACGGCUAAUGCCAAUGCAGUCAGAACUCAGAAGUUACUCUCAACACAAAGA